GGAAAGCACCUGAAUGCAGCAUUUGUCACAGCUGAGAUCAUCCCUUAAGUAGAGAGCAUGCGCAGUCGACGGAGGUCUGGGAGUGUCUGUCUGAGCGGCUCGUUGGACGUGAAUCCAAGCCGCAGUCACUGAAGCCAAGAGCAUCUUCCCGAACAAUGAACCGGCUGACAUGGAAGGAAAUCAUUUACUGAAACGGAGAUGAACUGGACGUCUAAGGAGUGUCGGGAGAUGCGAUUGUACAGCAACACUGAUUUGCUGGAUUGAAUGACCUCUAACGAGGCUCGUUUUAUUCACAGCAGAUCACCUUUACAGUAAAGACACCACCUUUGAAGCCUUUUUGAGACACUGGUGCCAUAAGCUGCUGGAUGUCAUGAGUUGGCCAUCUGUUGUGGGAACCUACUUAAACCUGCAAGCAGAUUAACCAGUGAAAGGUCCAAGGCAUCAGUCAGGACAUUUCUGUGCCAGGAAUCUGUCGACUUCCUUUGCAGAGGAGGGAUGCUGAGGGCCACUGAGGGCUCAACGGAGGAGAGAGAUGAGGAGCAGGAGGAUGAAGGCGAAGAAGAGAUGAGGGAUGGAGGGGUGCCUUUCUAUGUUAACAGAGGAGGCCUUCCGGUGGAUGAGGAGACUUGGGAGAGGAUGUGGCGCCAUGUGGGUCGAAUCCACCCUGAUGGUGAAGCUUUGGGGAAGGGGAUCCGGGGCGCCACUGACCUACCCAAGAUUCCAGUACCGAGUGUGCCUACAUACCAACCUACCACCACUAUCCCACAGCGCCUGGAAGCCAUACAGAAAUACAUCAGGGAAUUACAGUACAAUCACACCGGGACACAGUUUUUUGAAAUUAAGAAGAGCCGGCCUCUUACUGCGUUGAUGGACAUCGCUAAGGAGAUGACACGUGAAGCUCUGCCAAUCAAAUGCCUGGAGGCGGUGAUCCUGGGGAUUUACCUCACCAACAACAUGCCAGGUGUGGAGCGCUUCCCCCUCAGCUUUAAGUCUCAUUUCUCAGGAAACUUCUUCCACCACAUCGUGCUGGGAGUUCACAGCGGGGGACGCUUCGGCGCGCUGGGCAUGAGCCGGAGGGAGGAUCUCAUGUUCAAGCCCCUGGAGUUCCGUACACUGAUGGACUUGGUGCAGGAAUAUGAAGGAGCCUACAAGGGUUACUGGCACACCCUGCGAAAGGUCAAGAUCGGCCAGUACGUGUCCCACGACCCUCAUAGCGUGGAGCAGAUAGAAUGGAAACACUCGAUACUAGAUGUGGACAAACUGACAAAGGAGGAGCUGCGGAAGGAGCUGGAGAGACACACUCGAGACAUGAGGCUGAAGAUAGGAAAACCUGCACCUCCCUCUCCCACCAAAGACAGGAGGAACAGCAUGGGUUCACCCCUCAGAGGACCGAGCAGCCCCUUGCGCAGGAUCAGCCGUGUUGAGAGACGCCCCUCCGGAGAGAAGAAGGCUUUGGAACAGAAAGCAUCUGGAGACAUGAACGGUUAUCAGAUUCGAGUCUGAAAAAGAAUUUUUAGAUUGUGAAGUUACAACAAGGUACCACUCAUGCUUUUCACAAGGCCACCACUGGCCUAUUCACAGGAUGCAAUGUUGAAUAGGUCACCAGCAACUUUUCGUCCCAAAACAAACGUUUGCAUUCAGACUCCCACCGUCUGUGUUGUCAGAGGCUUUUUCUGGAGCAGUUACUGUGCGUAGUAAUUGGUGCUGGCAAUGUUCCCAAAUGAUAAAAAAAAGAGGGUCAAAUGUGCAGUAAUUUGUAAACAUUUUUAACAACUCUACUCAACUUCCCCAAAAGCUGGGAAAGACUACCACUCAGUGUAAAUGUGCUACAGGACAUAUCAUAGAUUUUUGUGGUGUUAUUAUGUUUAACAGAAGCUCUUAAGGCUCGUCAGCAAUCUGUAUCGUUAUACUGUAAGUGUGCAAAUACAUGUAAUGUAAUUUUAAAUCCACUUAGGCUCUUGCUGGGCAGCAAUUGCUUGUGUAGUGACUAGUUUGCAAACUACCGUUGUGCCUUGUAUGAAAACUCAAAGAAAAGAAAACACUUUUUUUAUAUCCAAUCUAUUAUAGUCAUUGCCUAACUGAACACAAAGCAGUGUAAUCUCUGCUCUUCUUUAAUUACUAUGAAAUAAACAGUUUGAGACGUCAAUACUCAGAGGCGAGCAUGUUUAGCAUGCUGUUGACUGUGAUAAGUUAUCUGAAUAUGGGAUUGAAUAGACAAUAUAGCUAAGUGUAAGAAUAUGAAAGCAUCUGUUGAGUGAUAAUAUGAGGAACAGGAGUUAUUCUGGCUGCUGAAUAUAAAAAUAAUUAUCAACAUGACUGAUGACAACGCAGCUGACUGACCUCAUCUGCAUUUAAUGUAGACGCAAAGUACUGAGUCAGUUUAAUUGUACUGUAUAACUGCUUUAUAUAUACAUUGUUUCUAACUUUUAUUUGUAGCAACUUUAUCCAAUAUUUCACUUGCCUUAAGUGGUAUCCAAGCAACUGACUUCCAUUUGAGCUAAGGUGUAAAGAAGUUUGUUUACAGCACUUUUAUCUUUUUGUAUUUUUUUUCUUUUUUAUUGGGAUUUGUGUCAUUUUAUACUUCGUCAAUGUUGGUGAUCACCAGUAGAGCACUUAAUAUUCAAAACACGCUGUUCUGAAUACUUUGCCACAGCCAACAUUUUUAAGUGUACAGUAGGUGUAUGUUUUCAUUCCAAUAUUCUGUAACACAAGUUGUUUCGUACCAUAAGUUGAUUUACAGGAUCACAAUAAAGGUUCACUAUGAUUGU